AGUUUGAAGAUGACCAAAGUAAACACAAGCACGUGUUUAUAUUCUAUUUAUAUAAAAAAAAAGUUAUAUAACUGUAUAAAUUUAACAAUGAAUUGAAAUCUCGUUGAGAUUUCUCCAGAAAAGAACUGGAGGCAAUGUUGUGUUGCGAGAGUAAGAACGGGUUUCACAAAGAGAAAGCAUUUAAAUGAACCAAUGCUAACAGCAAAGACCGCAAGAACAGUGUCUUCGUUGGUAACAGUGGUCCUCCUAAGUAGAGUUCAAGUGAUACAGACACCACGAAUAGUCAGAAAUCAGCAUACAACUGAUAAAAAAAGUGAAGUCUUAACAAUGAACAUACAAAAAGCAAAAGAAGAGACCCUGUGGGGUAUGUUUAUAGCUGAUGCUUUGGCUAUGCCAGUACACUGGUACUAUAACCCUGAGGAUAUUAAAGAUGGUUAUGGAGGAUGGCUGACAGGAUACAGGGAACCAGAAAAAAACCACCCAUCCAGUAUACUUACUCUAUCAGCAGUUGAUGGGAGCGGCAGGAGUGGAUGGGGCAGUAAAACAAAACCAGUAAUUGGUCAUGUGAUUCUACACAAUAAACUUAAAUACUGGACCAGUAGGGAUCAGUCUGUACAUUAUCACCAAGGUAUGAAAGCAGGGGACAGCACUCUAAACAGUUUGACAGCUUUAGAGUGUUUAAAGACUAUGUCAAGAGUGGAUCCUAAUUCCAUUAUGCCAUCACGUGAUUUACGAGGCAUGGUUUUGGAGGACUAUGUAAAGUUUAUGACUACACCUGGUACACAUAAUGACACCUAUGCAGAAUCUUUCCACAGAUCAUUCUUCAAAGACUGGGUUUUAGAGAAUCAGCCCCCUAAAACUGCAGAAGAUCUUUUAGUAUGGACUGAAAACAGGUUCAAGAGUAAAUCAGGACAUUCUGACUCCCAGCUGAUUGUGAUAGGUGCUUUAGUCCCAGCAGUACCAUGGGUUGUCCAUUAUGCAGACAAACCAGAGGAUGAUUGUGUCAAGGCAACAAUAGAUAUCAUUAAGUUAACACACCCUGAAGAAUCUUUGAUACCAUAUAUUGAAAUCUAUGCACGUCUUUUACAUAGAGUAUUAAAUGGAAAGGAUCUGACUGAGGAAGUCAAGAAUUUUAUUGGCCAUAAAAAGCUAGGAGGAUCACCAAAAAGAAAGAUAGUGGAAACAUUGCUUGAAAAAGCCAAAGAGUAUCCAUUUGGAUCAGAGAAACGUUUACAGAUAUAUCAGAUGGCAACUGGCCGAUUAGGAUCAGCCUGCUACAUAGAGGGUGCUUUAAGUAGUAUGAUGUUUCUAGCAUUAGAAUUUGCAGAUCAUCCAAAUGAAGGGCUGUUGGCCAAUGCUAAUUGUGGUGGUGAAAACUGUCACAGAGGAGCAGCUUUAGGAGCACUGCUAGGAGCUUCAGCAUCAUGGAAAGGGAAACCGAUUUCUGAUAAAUAUAAAGAACAUCUAGGAUCAGCCAAACCACAACUUGUUCAGAUAUUAGAUGCUAUGCAAUCAAAAAUGUAACAAAGUUUCAGCUUGGACAGUUUGUUGCUGUAUAAUGCUAGUAAUUUAUUUUCAGUAUCUACCUAUUUUUAUUGGAUUUUAUAAGCUAUUGCUUAUGAUAUAAUUAUUUAUUGCAACCUUUAAGCAUAGAUUGAUAUGUAGUUACUUUAUAUUGAUGUAUUAUGUUUGUGUAGAUAAUUCAGUCCCAUUAUGCAGAUUCCAAAGUCCAAAAGAGGUAACAAUCAAUACCUCUCAGACUCUUUUGUUUUUUAUUGAUAUAUUUGGUUAUACAUUUUUUAUUCUUUCAAAGUUUAAUCUGAAAUACCUCAUUUCAUUUUAUGUAGUAUAGAAAAACGUAUUAAUCAUAGAUAUAUAUGUACAAGUAUCAUUGCACAAGUCUUUAGACUUUUCUAUAUAUAAAACAUUUUGACAAUCAAUGAAGUCAUCAUUCAAAAUAUAAUUUAUAUUUUUGUCAUUUCAUACUGAUGUCUAUAUAAGACUGUUAUACUCUGUUCUUUUGUGACCUCUUAUAAUUAGUAAUUCUUUGAAAUCUCACAUGCACAAAUGUCCUGUUUCUGUUUAAGG